AUGUUCAACCUUUCAAGAUCAAUCAGCAAGGCUGGAAUAAACAUAAUAUUUACAGGUAUGACAGGAUCUGGAAAAACGACUUUAUUAUAUUCGUCUCUACUUGGGGGAUUCGAUGAAAGUCCUAAAUUUGAACCAACAGAAAGCUUCAAUUUUGAAAGAAUUAUGUAUCUGAAGAAAGUACUACUAGUUUGGGAUACCUCUGGGCAUAUUGCAUUUAUCAAUAACCUCUUACCAGUAAUGUUAUCCAUUAUAAAAUUAAGAGCAAUAGUAUACGUAGUAAAUCUUCUACAAAAUGAUAAACUUAUUUUCGAUGAAAUUAAUAAUGAGAUAAGAUCACUACUAUAUAAUCAGCAGCUUUCUGAUUGCAGAUUCUGCAUUAUAUUUAACACAUUUGGGUCAGGGUACGAUUCAUGGCCUAAACAACCAGCAGAGUUUGCUAGUUUACUUGGACUCUGCUACCUACCCCCUCAAAUAGAUAACCGAACUAAGUGGUUUGUUGUAGACACAUCCAAAGGAUUUACUGACAAUGGAUGGAGAAUGGCUGUGGAAUUCAUUUUAUUCGGUAGUAUUCCCAAUAUGCCAUACUAUACCAAUGUGCCAGAUUUUGAGCUAACCCCUGUUCAUUACUACUACUCGCAAUACGAUGGAAAAACGCCAUAUGGGUAUGGCUUUAAGCAAUUGAUUCCAAGUGAUUACAUUAGCAAUCCUAAUCUUGAAAGUGUGCCUCCACCUGUUGUCACUAAACCACCUAAAACAUCCAGAUUUGCCAAGUUUUUCAAAAAAAAUAAAAAGUAG